ACACAGCAACGGAGUGAGCCCAACCGGAACCGUUACUGUACCCGUCCAAGACCCUAGUGACUGCCCCGAAACCUCACCACAUCGACCGCGCCGCCUCCUUCACCGGUCGCCGUCGCGGCCGAGUCGAAGUCGGGCCUGAGCCGGCGGUGCUCUCUCCAUCCAUGGCCGCUUUUUCUCGUUUUCUCUCGAGUAAGAAGAUUAGGUCGAUCUGUGGAGCGAUUUCUUCUUAUCGGUGUUUAGAAUCCUCUCUUUCCUGUCCCCCAAGGAGGGGGGGCAUGUGCAAAUUACUAGCAACUUUUGCUUGCAGGACUUCUUGGACGGGCUUCAGUAAUGGAUGUUGCUUGAUGCCAAUGUUAUUUGUACCAAGGCUCACAUUGGUUUCUCAUUUUUCUCUGUGUUCAUGUCCAGAUCAGAGAGAAUACAAGACUAUGUCAUUUUCAAUGCCCAUUGGAAUGUCUUCUUUGGCAGUUCAAAGAUCAGUUACAAAUAAAUUAUUUGGCCUGCAAAGGUGGCAACCUGUUAGAUUUAGAAGCAACGCGUUAGUGACAUUGGAUACAGAAGAUGAUGUGGCUAGGUUUUCUCUUAAAGACCCAAGUGCCAAAUCACAAGCUCAGACAAAGGGAAUGAAAAUGCCUAAGCGGCAGAAAAUGUCCAGGAAAGCCAAACUAAAUGAGCUCAAGUGGUACCGCUUGAAGGCAAAAAAGAAGUUGAAAUCUCCCAAUCCUGAAGUCAGGAUUAGAUACAAGCUUGAAAAGGCUAAAAGGAAAGAAGAAUGGCUGAUUGAGAAACUGAGGAAAUAUGAGAUUCCAAAAGCUCCAGGACCCGAACAUGAUCCUGAAAUCCUUACUGAAGAAGAGCGGUUCUACCUCAAACGUACUGGUGAAAAGAAGAAAAAUUAUGUCCCUGUUGGGAGACGGGGAGUAUUUGGUGGUGUGGUUCUCAACAUGCAUCUCCACUGGAAGAAACAUGAAACCGUCAAAGUAGUAUGCAAGCCUUGUAGACCUGGCCAGGUUCAUGAAUAUGCUGAGGAGCUGGCAAGACUCAGCAAAGGCGCCGUGAUUGAUAUAAAACCUAAUAACAUUAUAAUAUUUUAUCGUGGGAAGAACUAUGUGCGACCAGAAGUUAUGUCACCUCCUGACACACUUUCUAAGCAGAAGGCCCUGGAGAAAUAUAGAUUUGAGCAAUCUCUUGAACACACCAGCCAGUAUAUCGAGAAGCUGGAAAAAGAGCUAGAGGAGUACCAGAAGCAUGUUGCCCUGUAUAAAAAGCAUGAACAGACUACUACUGGCAACUCCAUGAAUACUAAUUAAAUGGGUUUUUCUUUACUUUUUUGGUAGAAAUUGUUUCUUAAUUGACUUCUAUAUGUUUGAUCACAAAGGACCUUUUUCUGCAAUCCGCAUUGACUACAGCCCAUUAUCUUCUUACAUAUACUUUUGUACGAUGAAGAAUUCCAACAGAUCACUUGAUAGAAGGUUCCCACCAAUUCGAUGAGUGAGCUGAAGGCACUUCACUCGUAGUAGGAUUGCUGAUCGCCACUACCACCAACAGAGAAAGGAAAAAUCCUGGUCUGUGUCCAAGCCGAUAUAAAUUUCCUCAUUUGAUAUGAACUGACGGCCUGAUAAGUUGUUGCAGUGUUCUAGGAGACCUAAAAAUUAAUUAAAACUCCAACAAUGUUGUAGAUAAUGUUAGAUAAAUAUGAUAUUGUUAUUUUGUCAAGAA